GUAAUUUUCCAGAUACGUCCUCUGUCCUGGCCUCAGUGGGUGGUGGUGCUGAAGAUGUCACUUCCUGUCAUCUUGAUGGACGAGGCUCUUAAAUUCCUGGCCCGCAACUACAUCGAGCCAGGGAGCCAGAUCCAGUCACUGGAAGAGGAGGAGGAGCUGCGGAGGACAGGGGCUAGCACAGGAUUAGCGGGCGCCAUUAUGACGAGGCUGCGCCAGUCACUGAAGGGCGUGUCCUGGUCGUUCGUCCUGAUCUCUGCGCCACUUGUGAUCUGGAUCUUCAGCCUGGACUCUGACAUCACCAACAUCUUCUGGGAGUGAUGGCAGACAGAGAGGACAGGUGGACUGUGGGGGAAAGACGAAAAUGUGAAGGAGGACUGUUGGAAAGAAACACAGAGGACUGGGAAGAGGCGAGGUGAGAGAGACACAAGCAGAGAUGAUAAAUACUUUGCUGUGAUACAGGAAUGUAAGAGAAUCAGAGUGAAAUAUUUAACCAACAGACAAUCAGAAACAAAAAGAAAGAAAGACCAUUUCUUCCUCAACACUAAAAGGUGCUAUGUGUAGCAUUUCAUUUGCAUCCUUGAGCUUACUGAGGUUGUACUAGUGUGAUUUGGAUUGAGGGAGGUCAGUGUGGGUCGGUUUGUCAUUUCUGCCCAGAGUAAAACACGAUCUCCAAAGCUGCACUUCGAUGUUACAUAGCAUGCUCACCUUUGCUAACCUGCAUUCUAAUCUCCUUAGCAUCAGCAUGCUAGCAUGCUAUGAUCUGUUUUGUGUUGUUAGCGCUCAGAAGAGGGACACAAUGUGUCGGCUCGAUGUACGUCAUGAGCCCGGGACAGAACAGCAUCAUCAAAUAAUGAUUAUUUCUACUAGCACGUGAGGAAAAAAGUAAUGCCUGCACAUUUAGUCCAUGUCAUACAACUUUAACGAAGAUAACUUCUCAGGUCUUCAUCAGGUUAAAAUGUGAAAACAUGAACACAUUUUGACCCGAUGAAAAUCCAAGCACAAUCAAAACGUCCUCCUCAAACUUGUGUGGCAUGGAAUAAGGGUGCAGGUGUUACUUUUUUCCUUUUUCUCCCUCAUAUACGUUGUUUUUUGAUAACCUUACACCUAUGUCACGUCAGUAUAAUAACUCUCUCAACUUACUAUUACUAGGACAUACAAAAAAACUCCAGAUUAUUUAUUUAACAUCAGAGCAUCAUCACCUCUCAGUCUGUCUCACUUUGGGUUGCAGCAGCUGUUCAUUAGCUCCUUAUUCAAUGUGUGUCUAAAGUAACUGAUAAGGAGGUCAAACUAGAAAUUUACUAAAUAAGACUGCACCAAUAAAACCUAACAAAUGUCUUAUGUAGUAAAGACUUCAGACCCUGUCUACAUGUAUACAGACAUUUUUAAAAGCUGAUUUUUUCCACCUUUGUUUUUAAAAAGAUUCUGAAAACUAAAAAAUGACUCCAAAUACUUGCAGUCUUUCACCUCUUCCUAACUGGACCAUAUGCAUACCCAAUCUAACCCUGCCGGAAAGUUGAGCUUUUUUUGGCUACAUGCUCCACUGAGCAACAUUCAUUGAUGCUGUAUCCACUUCUCUUUGUACAUCCAUGGGUGUAACUCAUUUUAUUUUAGUGAAGCUUAGUGAAAACUUCUGUUCUAACACGGCUAACACUGAGCUUUAGAAGAGCUGGUUCAAGCCGCUCCUGUGGUGAAAUUAAACACCUCUUCAAAAUAAAAAGGCAACAAUCUGAAAGUCAGAGAAAUAAUUUGUGUAGCAGAAGUUUCUUAUUAAUAAUCUCUCUGUGGUCCCGACCACCAGGUUGGAAACCGCUGCUGAGGUUGUUUAAUGAGUUACGAAUAACUCAAACAGCAUGGUUUAUUGGUCAUGAAAUGCUACACAUAGCACCUUUUAAUGAUGAAAUUGUCUGGUUGAAAAGUGAGUGGUCUGGAAUCAAACACAUGCAUACACACACACACACACACACACACACCAGCUUUACGUCCACACUGUAAUUCACCAGUAAUAAUCUGUGGCCAGUGACAGGCGGUGAGGCCAGAUGACUAGAUGUACAAUAGAAUUCCCCAACUGGCCACUGCAACAGUCUUCAUGCUGCGAUGCAAAAAUAUCCAGUCACAUUAUUGCUCUUUGUAGAUACUGUACAUGAGACGAAAAACAAGCAUUUAACCAGCGAAAGAAGACUGUUAGCAGACCAAUACAGGAUGCAUGUCAACGCACGUCACACAUUUGUAACACGUUUCAAAGCGGAAGACAUAAUGCAGGACAUAAUGGGUGUCUGCAGGUUAUUAAAGGGUUCACAUGUUGGAGUUUGGUCCAUAAUAGCAUUUAAAGGCCAGUCGUUCUGAUAGAUCUAUAGUUGAGUAUCUUCUUUUGUCUUUUCUGUUGAUUGUUACUGACACCCUCAGAAAGUCUUAAAUGUAACUUGACUCGACGUCCUGAAGCUUCACAGAUGGACUGAAGCGGACUUUAAGCCUUCACACAGGAGAAAUGUUGACGAUAUUAUUUAUAUUCAUUUUUAAACACAGUAGAGUUUCUGUGCUUCCAGGUCCAGCCAGCAUUUGAUUGAUGAAGAUUGCUAAAUGUAUGUGAGCUAAAUGGAUUAAUAAUAUGGUAGGGCUUUGAAUAAUCUCUGUUUAUGACACCAGUCCUGCUCAGUACACUGCAACACUUUUAUUUUAGUUCUUUCUCCUGUUUGCUAGAAUCUGCCUCUGUGUUAGUGUACCUCAGAUGCAAGAUUUCAAUUCGUCGACUGAAGCUUUUAGCAGAGCUGUAAAUUUCUAUCGAGUCGCACAGUAGGCCUGAAAUCGAGUCAGUGUUUUCACUUUAAUUUGUUUUAUUUGUACGAAUCAGUGACCUGUUUGCCAUUUUCUCCAGCGAUGCCAUUGUGAUGUCUGACUUUGUUUGCCAUUGAAGGGAUUUUUAAACAAAGCGUAUUUAAUUCAAGUAGUUACAAUAACUUUUGUUGUGUGUCACAUUCAGCCACGAUGAGGGAACAUUAGGGCCGCUGUGAGGCAGAGGUGUGGACGUGUGGAGUCACAGAUUUGGUGACUUUAGACUCGACAAAAUGGAGACUUGCAACUCGAUUUGGAUUUAAAUAAUUAAGUUAGGUCACACUUGUACGGAUCCCCUGAUGUCCUAAAAGGUGAAUUUUUAUCAUAUCACGACAUCAGAGGCUCCACACAAUUGUUUUAAAACACUAGAUAUAACAAUUAAAUGCAAAUUUAUAAGAUGAAAAACAGCAUUAAUUAAAAUGAAGAGCACAGAGUUCGGGACUGAAAAAUUGAAGUUUAAGACUUAAAACAUAAUUGUAACAGACAGACAG